AGACAUACUUUCCACACUAUGUGUCCGUGGACAGCUGUAGACUUGUACCGGUCGCAGGCAGCCCCAAUGUCCCGUCCGUUGUUGUGGACGCAUGCAGACACUUUUUGGAACAGCUUGCGCAACCAACACAAGUCCACAGCGUUCCGCGGCAUCUGAGCCUGUCUACAUUGCAUCCACCUGCAGUGUGGUCAGCUGUGUGUCUGCCUGGUAUAGUUUGUGUGUAGGACGCCAUUCCAAAUUGAUAUGGUGACAUGUAGCUCUUUGUUGUGAGCAUUGUCCAGCAGAUCUUGAAACACACUUUGCUUGUGCAAAGUUAGCACUAGCAACUUACCAGUGGAAAGUUAGCACGAGCAGUUAAAUAGUUAAUCAGUAACAUCCCCAGUGUCAUGUCUUCCUUGUUGAGCCCAAGCAGCUUAUCUUGUCUUUCUUUCUCAUAUGAGGCUCUGCACUGCUUUCCUCCUUUCCCACUUUCUGGUUACCCUCUGCUGUACUUGGCUUUGGUUUGGCUUUGAUGUCCCAGUGAUCCUUCGCAGCUCUGAUGAAACAGAGUCCCGUCUACUAACCCCUGAGAAGCAAAUGGUUCAGAUGACCAAUCCUUUCACCCUCAAGUUGGGAUCUGGGCCAGCAUCUGUCACUGAUGGUGUGUCAGUGGGACCUUGCUGUCUGGAGCCCUGUGUCCUGAGCUGUUUCUGGGGCUGUAAGGUCAGUGCCCUGCAGGGAGCACUGCAGGCCCACCAGCAUGGCUUGAAGCUCAGCACCCCCCAAAAUUAUCUUGAGGCCCUUCACCUCCAAUAUCACUACUGCCAGACCUUUCAUAUCGGCAAUUUAGAUAGAGUGGAACGCCGAGCACAGAUUCCUGCUGACCAUGAGAUCAAAGAUUUUGGGCUGUUGCCAAGGGAAUGCUACCCUCUUGUGGCGGUGCUGACGCUGGCAGAGCCAGAAGCCAGAGAUGCGUACAACAUUGUGGCUAGUGUGACAGUUAUUCAUGUUCCUGAUGACAAAUACAGCCUUUCUGCACGGAUUCUCUUUCAGUACCUUCUUACCUCACAAGGGAACAUGUAUGAGUUAAAGCCUCUCUUCAUGUCAGCUGUCAGUAGGGGAGCAUCUGAGCCCUUCCACUCAGAGCCAAAUACCCAACCCAGAGAACCCGAUGACGAGGCCAGCAGAGGCGAGCAGACUCCAGUGCUGGAGGAGGACUGGUCAGAGGGAAAGGGCAGAGACUGUGUGGUCUGUCAGAACGCAGCAGUGAACAAGGUGUUGCUGCCCUGCAGACACGCCUGUGUGUGUGACAGUUGUGUGUCGCACUUCCAGCACUGCCCCAUCUGCAGGGCCUUCAUCCACGAGUCCUUCACCCUGACACAGGGACCAGCUGCAGAACAAUGACUCCGUACCAAACCAGUAAAGGUUAUUUAAGGAAUAAUAUGCAGCAAGACAGGCAUCAUUGCAAAGUAAUCCCUAACACCAAAUCUU